AUGGCAGCUUAUGGAGCUCUGGUUUCUCUUAUGCAUAUCAUAGAUCGCAUCAAAAAUCAUCCUUCCCCUCCAAUUUAUCUCGACAAACAACAAGUUGAAUCUCUUACUGAAAAUAUUACCUUCUUGCAGGAUUUUCUUGAUGCUUAUAUUUCCCCAGUUGUUGAUGACCAUGAAGCGGAUCCAUUGGAGCGUCGCAUUGCUGAUGCAGUUUAUGCAGCUGAGGAUGUCAUCGAGUCCCAAAUUGUGGUUCAAAUUGAUAACCGAUCCACAAUUCAUGGGAAGAUGUCCAGUUUUAUAAACUUGCUUCGAGCUCUGUGUAAAUGCGUAACUAUUAAAGACGACUACUAUCACGAUCUACAACAAGUGAUAGAAGAAAUGAAUUUCAUCAAGAAGGAAGCCAUGGAGAUUGCAGCCGCAGCUCAACAGCAGAGAAAGGUCUCCUCAACUCAUGUUGGCUCCUCUUCCGCUGUCAAGGAAAGCAUAAUGGUGGGCUUCGACGAGGUGUUAGUUGAAGUGCUGGAUAAGCUCACCGGAGGCCAACUGAGACGCCAAAUCAUCCCAAUUAUGGGGAUGGGCGGCAUUGGUAAGACCACUCUUGCCCGGCAUGUAUUUGAGCAUGCGCUUGUUAAACAGCGUUUUGAUAUUUGUGCUUGGACUACAAUUUCUCAAACUUAUAAAGUUAGAGAGACACUUAGAGAUGUUCUUUACCAAGCAAGUGGGGAUCCGGAGUGUGAUCUGAUUGAGAACCAACUGGGGCAAAAAUCACAAAUAAGUGAGGGCAAAUUGGGAUUAAAACUAUACCAGUAUUUAUGGGGUAGGAGGUAUCUCAUAAUUAUGGAUGAUAUUUGGAGUAUAGAGGUGUGGAACAAGUUCAGGUCUUCCUUUCCUGAUUGCAAAAACGGCAGUCGAAUAAUAGUAACAACUAGGCUGUCAAACUUUAAUUUGCAGUUGGGUGAGUCUUAUGGUGUUGGUAUGAAAUUUCUAGAUGAGGCUAGUAGUUGGGAUUUGUUAUGCAAGACUGUGUUUGGGGGAGAAAGUUUUCCUCCUGAGUUGCGCAGAACAUUGCAAAGAAAAUUGUAG